GCGUUGCCUGACCAACCUACCCGACCGAUUAUAUACGUUAAAAGAAUGCAGGCACAGCACAGCGAGGGGAGAGGGGAGCCGUGGGACUCGUCAUUACAGCCUUUUCCCCGGACACCAUCCCAGCAGCACAGCUCACUCCAGCCGAAAGCACGCCAUGGCAGAGGAGAAGAAGAAGCACAAGCACAAGCACAAGCACAAGGAGAAGGACAAUGACAAGGAGAAGCAGUCGGAGCAGGCGGCGCACUUCAAGCCGUGCGCCGACGUGAAGGGCAUCCGGUUCGGGGGGCAGUUCAUCGUCAAGUCGUUCACGGUGCGGCGGGCGUCGCCGCUGGAGCUGCUGCGGCUGCUGGACAUCCCGCCGUCGUACCUGAGCGAGUGCCAGAGCCUGCCGUUCCCGUCCACCACCACCUACAUGCCCACCAGCUUCACCAUCUUGGCGCACCAGGCGUGGCACACGCUGACGCUGGGCCUGGGCACCAAGAAGUCCAAGGUGGUGCUCUUCGUGUUCGAGUCCGAGAGCAUGAAGGCGGCCGUGGACCAGCUGUGGCCGGCCAUGAUCCCGCUCGGGGACGUGAACAAGAAGCUCAUCCGCGGGCUCUCCGGCAGCGAGAUGGCGCGGUUCAAGUUCCGGAAGGGCUGCCUCACCAUCUACGUCUACGCCGUGCGCCGGCUUGGCGCGGCCGGGUUCAUGCGCGCCGACGACCUCAGGCGGAUCCUGCAGUCGGUGGUGGACCUCAAGGACUUCCUGGACCACACCGCCAUGCUCGCCAUCCCGAGCCAGAAGAGCAUCACUCUGCAGUCCCGGACCGCGGUGGCGCACUGAGACCGCAGCGAAUCAGUCUCUGAUGGAGCCACAAGAAUCUCGAUCGGUUCAGCACCGCAGAACAGGUAUAUGCUGGGCUUGUAAUCUUCAGAGGGGCCUCAUUCUUUCUCGGUUGGAUUCGUUUGUUCAGUGUCGGUACAAGUGUUCACCUCCUCUGCUGGGAGCAGCUGUAUAGAUCUGUUGAGCAAAAAGUGUUUCAGCAAAUCAAGCAUAGGUUUUUCCGAAGGCAAUUUUCCUUCCAUGGAUCUUACGUUUUGGUAUACUCUGGUAGCCUUGUCCCCUGAAAUAAUCCAUCAGUGAAGCCAUUCUGUUGUAUGGCACUUUCUGGCCAUACUGGACCGCGCUUGCUGCUGUAGCUACGGUACAGUACAGUCUUUGGAAUUUCUCCGCUCCUACCUACUGACCUACAGUCCCUUUUCCUCGCUACACUCAUUGUUUCACAGAAUUGCGAGCACCUCUUUUUGUACCAGAAUCGCACCCAAUUGCAUAUUGCACAGCUGUUCCUCUCCGGGACGCUGUUGCUUGUUAGGAUUGCCAAAUGGAGCUGUCGGUAUUCACUUCGAAGAAAAAUGGAGCUGUCAGUCAGGACUCGAGGGAGGAAAGCGAAUGCUACAGGAUCCCAGAGAAAGUGGCGGAUGGUAUCAUCCAUUUUUCUCUUUUGUAAGCAGGUCUUAUCUUUUUAUGUGGAAGUAGCCAUCAUGUCACGGAUAGAAAAAGAUGUAUAUAUGCUAUC